CUGAAAGUGAAGUUUGGAGGAGGGUUAGGGUUAGGGUUAGGGUUAGGGUGACAGUGCCACGCUUGGAGUCCCUUUCCUAUCCCACUGGCAGGUGGGACAACUGGGCCGAGUCAGGCAACUGCGGCCUGCUGUCACAGCCCUAGGCGAGGUCAGCACUCCAAAUGUUGGUUUUAAUCUGGGCAGUCCAUUCCUCAGAUGGACCUCCAGUCACGUCCUUCAGAUACACGGAAAUCCACACCACCUCUGGUUCUCUUCAUGAACCAUUCAGUCGUGUUCACUGACCAUAAAGACGUGACACACAUAUCGCAUACGUACGGUAUGACGUGUGACUGUAUAGCCAGUUCCCUCAAAACCAAAGUUCCAUGCACAAACGGGGAAGCAAUGUGUGGCAUUCAGACUGCUGCUGGGUAUUAUGCAGGAAUGAGGGAUGCGCUGUAUGCAAUGUCUUGUUGGGUACAUUUGAGGAAUGAACACUGUGAAGCAUGCUGUAGAUUCCUGGUGGCCUCAGUGGUCUCUCUCGCUUGCUCUCCAACACUUUUCCCGUCAAACAGUUGUUCCCCUCUGAUGACACGGCACAGCUGAGGUCUCCUGUUCUCGCUGGACAUUUAAAGUUUAAAGAGCCCCAGAGGACAGCUGUCAGGGAAACCACUCCGACUCUGCUCUCCUUUCCACAGCAGCAUUCUCAUUCUCCCUUUCUCACCCGUCCUGAGAGCUCGUGCUCCUUCGCUCUUUCUCGAAGUCGGAUCUUCCCGCCGCACCCCCUCCGCCGGGCAGAUUAGCACAUUUCUCCACGUUGCCAAGAUGGGCUCCUUUAUUGCCAAGAUGCUGCUGCCCACCGUUAGCAGCCUUGUGCUCCUGCCAGCUGCCAGUGUGGCCACCAAGAGGGGCUUCCACAUGGAGGCCAUGGUCUACUUCUUCACCAUGUUCUUCACAGCGACUUACCAUGCAUGUGAUGGCCCCGGACUGUCCAUCCUCUGUUUCAUGCAGUACGAAAUUCUGGAGUAUUUCAGCAUUUACGGCACUGCAAUAUCCAUGUGGGUCACCCUGUUAGCAUUAGGUGACUUUGAUGAGCCCAAGCGCUCCACUUUGACCAUGUUUGGGAUUCUGACCACUGCUGUGAGGAUCUACCAGGAUCGCUGGGGCUACGGUGUCUACUCUGGACCAAUAGGAACUGCAGUUCUGAUGAUUACAGUCAAAUGGCUGCAAAAGAUGAAGGAGAAGAAAGGACUGUACCCAGAAAAAAGCGUCUACACCCAGCAGGUGGGGCCGGGCUGCUGCUUCGGAGCCCUAGCAUUGAUGCUACGCUUCUACUUUGAGGAGUGGGACUACGCCUACGUCCACAGUUUCUACCACCUUUCCCUGGCCGUGUCCUUCGUCCUGCUGCUGCCCAAAACCAACCGGCUGGGGGGGUCGGGGCGCAACGCUGCCAAGCUCAACUGCUACACCCUCUGCUGCUGUGCGCCCCACCCCUCAACAAAGGACAAAGGCCGGACCGUCUGGAAGUGGCCCACCAAGCGGCCUUGGAUGCGUGCCUGUAACCCUGUACCCCCGCUGCAGCGACCCCCAGCACCUGUUAAAUUACAGGGGUAACGGGAAAGGGGGAAAAGAAGGGGUUUAAUACAGAUGGGUGUCAAGAGGAAAAAACGAAAAAGUCUUUGUGUGACUCUGUGACAACACACUUAACCCCUUUGGGCUUGGAUUGUGAUCACAGUGCACACACACACACACACACACACACACCUGUGCGACUGAAUGGCUGAGGAACUCCAGAGAAAGCGACUGAGACAGAGUGAGAGAGACUGACAUAGACUGCUCUCACCACGCAAAACCCAGAGAAUUUCCCCAAGUCCCGGUCUCCCGAGGGGCUUCGUCCAUUUCCAGCUGUGGCGAGAGCAAAGAACAACAAGGUACUAAAAAUGCGCAGGGAGAAGGAAUCUAGUGUGAAGGUUAGAUAGUGAGACGAGCCAGUAAAACUGACUGGAACAUUUAAGAGCGGAGAGGACAAGCAGACGUUUUAUCUCUCCAAGUUGAAUAAAUUGUCUUUUAAACGCCCCGUGGGGAAGCUUCUCUGGGCUCUCAGAGACAGGAACCACGCAGUUAACGAAAAGUCGAAAAAUGACAGGAUUGUAAAAACGCAUUUUACUCUUACUCCUCACUUUAAACAUUGCGAGAUGCCAGAUAUAUUUUAGAAGGUGUCUCACACGUAUUUGUGCAGCUGAACUGAGUCCAGCCACUGCGAUGUAAACUGAGAAUCCACUAAUGGUUCUGGAGCGGUAGGCAGAGAACUUUGUUCCAGUGAAUGAUGGAUCUGCAGCUCAGCUACGGGGCUCCUUCUCUUGAAAUUACCGUUUAUUAUUAGCAACCAGCCCAUGUUUCUCUCAUUUUUGCAAUUUGUUCUAUGUUUAUAGUAACACACCAAUGU